AAGUACACUGGAGAAAACAUACUGUAGUCAUCUGACAGAAAUGCACAUGAAAUGGGAUGGGGAGAUGGAGCUGAGGCUACAAACUGACUGCAGAAUCACAACAACAAAGUAAUUUCUAUGAAGGGGAAAAGUAGAAUCACACUUUUGUCUGCAUUUGAGAUUUAUCUGCGCAAUUAAAUGAUUGCAUAGCUCGGUACAAAAACAUUAAAUUAUAUAAUCCCAGUGGGAGGAACACUUUACAGUCUCUCUGAGUAUGUUGUCUUAUUAAAGGAAACUGCUUAUCUAAAACCAAGUCAAUGUAUGUGGUGAAAAGUAGGUUUUGCCCUCAGAUCAGACAUGGGUAUAUCCAUCUCAGGUUUUUUUCAGCCAGUUUUUUUCUCUCCCUUCUCUUUCAGAGACCCUGCAAACAACAAUGAAUUCCAGUAUAAAUGGAAUAUAAACAAAGUUCAUAUAUGGUAUAAACAUAUGAGAACCGCAGUGGAAUGGUAUUCAUAUAAUUUUAGUUAGAGUGAUGUUAUUCUAACUACAAGUGAAAGGCCAUGUAACAGACAAAGGUAUUUUAGACUUAAUGCUUCCUGUGUUAGUGCUUAAUUGUUCUGUGUAACUACAGUUAGCUUAAGAGCCUGUCCUACUUAUUCACACUCUUUUACUCUCUGAGGUAUUUGGCAGAUAAAUAGGACUGUUGACAAGAAAUAAUAAGCAAUUGAGUUUUAUUUGCAAAUACGCAUUGCAUGAACCAUUAUCUAAUACAGCACUGAACACAUACUGUUCAGUAAUAAUUAGAAAAGGAUGUGGUAUGAGCAAAAAAGCUUUAUUCUUUAGAAGUGUUCUUUGAUUCCUUGUAAUGUAAGUCACACCAGAGGUUUCAUUUCCUUAAGUUACACGCUAAAAUGUAUGAAGAGUCACAUUUUCUCUUCUAAAUGCAUGGGUAUAUAUAAAAUGUAAUUUCUUCAAUAUGAUUGCGGUGAUAAUUUUCCCCUUAAGAGAUGGCAUUAGAUAUAGUCUCAAAGAAUACCGUAACUUGUUAAUUGAACUGCCAUAUAAAACCACCAUCCUAUAUGAAUGUCAGAAAGCAGUAGUUUUGAGUGUGGAAAUUUGUCACUUAGGAACGUCUAGACUGUAUAUUAGAUUUCCAUUAAGUCAAAGUGGGUUAGAAAAAAAGGUUUAGAAAUUCAUAGUGGAAAUUAUUGAGCUUGCAUCAAUUUGCAGCACUACACCCUCAAGUAAUCAGUGCAAGUUCCAACAAAUCACAAUGCUGCUGGGACUUUCCCAGUAGACAGCACUGCUGGAAAUGCUUCCUAUACUUAAUAAGUAAAUGGGCUUUCCUGGGAGCAAAACAAGGAAUCUGACAUGUUGUCUCACAGUAAAGAGCACCGGUACAAGAUGAUUUUUGGCUUGGCUUUCUUGAACAUAACAGCUUGGGAUUGCACAUCAUAAACUACUGCUGCAAAAAGAAGUGCAGGAGUUUCCGCUUUAUAACCUGAGUCCGUUGAUCCCCUUGCUUUGCUAGUGUAAAGAAGCCUCUGAAUCUGCUUGUGCAGUUAGAAGUAGGCAUUAGCAUCUAGGCAGAGCUGUCAGUUCACACUUUAGUUGUGAGAAGACAGACAUAGGUCUUUCUUUGGAAGCUGAAUAAGACUAGUGUAUGUACAGGGACAUGCUUGCAUGCACCCUGGUGCUUUUUGUUGUCUCUAAAGUCAAUCUUCAGAUGAACUGAGCAAAGACUCUCCUACAAUAGCUAGUUCUUCCAGGCCUGUACUUCUCUUUGGAAGUUUUUCAUUCCAAAGCAGGUUUUCUCCAUGUGAGAAGGAAAAUGGGAAAGCAGUGCAGUGUCAGGGUCGUUUUAAUUCCUUGAUGUCCUCCACUGCCUCCACCUCGGCCACAAAGAUGUCCCUGUUCUGCUGGGGUGGCAGGUGCUGAGCCUGGGCUGAGCAUUGCAGCCCUUCAUCUGCAGGAGCAGAACACUCCCCGCGCUGAGCUCCUUGGACAUGUGUAUUGGCAGCUGUUAAGGGGCAGACACAAGGUCCUUUAACAACUGCACAUAAUUCAGAUGACUUCUCUGGAAAUGCUAAUGUAUAAGUGAACAAGUUCACUUUUAGACAAUUGAUAAUUCAAUUAAAAUGUAAGAGUAAAUAGAAUGUGCUUAUAUGCACUCCUUGCAUUUGCUUUCUUAAUAAGUUGAACUUCUUGCCAUUUCAAUGAAACUCAAAUACUUACAUUACCAUUCUAAUGCCUGGUUUGUGUGUAUGGUCACAUUUCAGUAAUGACAAAGCGCAGUGUAGCAACUGUCAUGUUAUCUAGUACUGUGAAGACAAGUAGCUGUAAAGAAUAUGAAAAUAGGGAAAUGUUAUUCCCAAGUGCAGACUGUGCUGGGGAAGAGGGGGACAGGAGAAGGAUGAUAUUUCAUCUAAAAUACAUGUCGGGUUCAACAAGGUACCUAAAUAUAAGUACAAAACACUACUACUGGUGACAGUGAAGAUAGCAAAGGGCAUCAUCAGCUCUAUUUCACCCUAGCCUUACACUGUGUACAGUUUCUCUAGUGACCUAAAGUCUUUCUUCAACUAAAAUUUCCAUUGAAACCAUGUGCUUUAAAAUAAAUACAUUUAACUUCCUUUGUACUCAUAAAUGCAAAAUUUCACAGUUAACCACUGAAAAAUGAGAAAGGCCAAAGAAAGGUUGAAGUAUCUCUGCUGGUCAGCCCAGAUUAAGUCUGUGGGAAACUGAGUGACUAUGAAGAAUAGGCCUGGGUACGAUAGGGUGUACAAAUAAAAUGACAAUGUAAUAUGAGGUUUUGACAACAAAUCAAUCAGAAAAAGCAGGAACAGACCGUAGUUUUAAAGUCGUGCUGUGUUAAUUUGAGAGCAGUACUAAGGAAAUCAAAAUUCACCAAUUAACUCUCCCUGAAGUGAUGAUGGCUAGGACAUAUAGAUGAACUUUAGGGAGCAACUGGUGUUACCCACCUAAGUUCCAGGAAGAGAGAUCAUAAAAUGAAGUUCUGUUUGGUGAUACCCGCCUUACAAUGGGGCAGGGUAUUAGCAAUACCAUUUUCUUUAACACCUUUUCUUCCCCAUCCUCACUGGUUGAUACUGUUCCAGCAAGGAAAUCCUGGUGGUUUGCAGAAUAGUAGCAGCAGAACUCAUGAUAGUUACUGAAUAUGAUGGACUAGAAGCUGGUUCAGUUUUGGUGACUUCUGUAUCUGGGCUUUGUAAAUAUUCACUUCCCACACCUAUUUCCUAAUAACACCAUUGAUCUAUUGGUCAAAAGAACUGAAUUGUGCAUCAGAACUUUCCCACUAGCUGGUAAGUUUUUUAAUUACCCUUUAUCUUCCAUUUUCUGUUCCCAUAAAAUGGAAGCUACAUGUCCAAGCUCCCACCCCACCCCAAAUGGCCACUGAAUUUGAAGCAGAGAUUUUUAUAUAUCGGAAAUUGUUUAUCAUUUUACCUUCUGACCAAUUUUAGUUAAAACCAUGGAUUUUUUUCAUUCUGAGUGAAUGAAUAAUAAUAGCCUCUCAGAACAGAUUCCAUAGUUGAGUUGAACAAGAGCAAUACAAAAAGUCACCUGAGUUUUUGUCAUGAUGAAUAACAUAGAGAUUCCCUUGAGCAGAAUUCUGGAGAAGACUGACAUCUCUUCUCAGUUAAGUGUAGAAUAUGCUUAGUUUUUUUUGAGAACCCUUGGCUCUGAUUGCUGAGAAACUGGGAUAAUUCAGUGCAGCAAAAAAAAAGUCUUUUUUUCUAAUCAGGACUUACUUGUAUUUUUCGGUUUUUACCUAUUCCCUAGUUGAAAUUUCCUGUGUCUUGUAACCAUUUAACAAUAUGUUACUAACCAUCCAUUAUGUCCUGCUUUAUUCUCUUUUAGAUGAAAGAGCCAUGUAAAAAGAGAAUUCACCAACCCCUGUGACUGAAUUUGAGCGAUAAUGUCAAUGGAAUUAACACAUUGCCAUUGUUGAAUGGUCUCCUGUGGCUAUAUAAACAUCAAGGCUCAUUGUCACCGUCUCACCUAAUGCAGGAGACAAGUAGCUGAUGUGGAUGUUGCAUAGCAACUAUAAUUUCUUGUGUCACAAAACCACUGACAAUGGCUGCAUUACAGAAGCCAGAGCUGGUCAGUUAGGACAUGCAGAGGAUCUCCUGAACCAGUAAGAGACAGCUCUUCAGAAGAACAGGAGUUAUGGAGCCCUUCUGCAUUUCUGCUCUAGGGUUCUUCAGGAAACCUGUCUGUAGAUGGCUCACAGUUCUAGUGCCAAAACAGUCCCCAGCCUUGUGACGGCUGCAGCUUUGGCCAACAGCAGGGGACACCAGUGACAGUGGCAGCCCCAGCCAUUGCUGCAGAUCCUUCCUCUCUUUGUCCCUUUGGACAUCAAAGGAUCGCAAGGGGACAGCCCUGGCCAGAAGCUCCUCCCUGAUCAUUAGCCUCCAUAAAACAGGAACUCACCUUGGCUAGCUGUGCUUGGAGUCCCAUCCUCAUCCUGGUCACUCUUGACACUGGAUCUCAGAAGGAAGGGCUUUUGCUUAUUUCAGGAAGUCAGACCUGCUUUUGAACUGGACUAUUUUGGCACCCCUUGUAAGAACUUUGCUGUCUCUCCUGGCCGUGCAAGCUCCUAGACUCCACAGUACAUGGCAAAAUGCAAGCUUUACCAGACAUGAAAGUGCCAUGUGAGGCCCUUCCUUCCCCCAGCCUGGAGCACUACCCACAGAGCUCCAUUGUGGUCACCCUUGAGGACAUGGAUCUCUGGAUGAAGUUUCAUCAGAUAGGAACUGAGAUGAUCAUCACCAAAUCGGGCAGACGAAUGUUUCCACAAUGCAAAAUCAAAGUCUCUGGCUUAAUCCCUUAUGCCAAGUACCUCAUGCUGGUAGAUUUUGUGCCAAUGGACAACUUCAGGUACAAGUGGAAUAAAGAUCAGUGGGAAGUUGCUGGAAAAGCAGAGCCCCAGCUCCCUUGUCGCACCUAUGUCCAUCCAGAUUCCCCAGCUCCUGGCAGCCACUGGAUGAAAGAACCUGUCUCCUUCCAAAAACUGAAGCUCACCAACAACACUCUGGAUCAACAUGGGCACAUCAUCCUGCAUUCCAUGCACCGUUACAAGCCUCGCUUCCACAUUGUGCAGGCAGAUGACCUCUUCAGUGUCCGCUGGAGCAUCUUCCAGGUCUUCAGCUUCCCUGAGACUGUCUUCACUUCUGUUACUGCCUACCAGAAUGAGCAGAUUACAAAGCUCAAGAUUGACAACAACCCAUUUGCUAAAGGUUUCCGUGAGCAUGGGAAGAACACACGAAGGGAAGGACGAGCCAAAUGCCAGAAGCCUAGUCCAGCCAAGGGCCAGAAGAGGAAGCUACCUGAGGAAAAGGAGUCUGGUGCAGAGGAACGUGAUUUUGAGAAAGAUGAGAAUGUGGAUGUGAAGGAAGAGAGUAACCCCGUGGUGGUCAGCAGUGGAUACCCCUUCUGGGUCUCAGAGCAGAACAGCAGCCAUGCCUUUCCUGCAGCAUCCCCAGUGCCCGCUGACCAGAGGGAGGGUCUGGCCAGAGAGCAGCAAGUGCCUACACCAUCCUACCAGACAUAUCGGUUCCAUGAAGCUGGGGACAGCCAGCAGCUUCCCACCCGCGAUGCCACAACCUUGAACGACUUCCGGGCAAGGUGCCAUGCCUUGGAUCUCUCCACAGUGCCUGAGCACGACUCCAAACAGCUCCCAGAGGGCUUCACCAACCUGCCUCCUCUCCCCCCGCCUCUGCCUCCUCCCCAGGACUACACAGGAGUGGUGAACAUGGCUCUAGACUCUGUCGGGAAACCCGGGGCCCGAGCACCCAUGUACAGUCCCUAUGGCACCGAGCAAGGCCUUGGCCAGUGGAUGGUGCCUUCCCACAGCCAGUACAGGGCAAUGAGCUACUCGGCCUUCUCCACAGAGUACAAUACACAGGGGGCUCCGGGACAUGCCCAUGGGACCAUGGCAGAGUGGAGCCAGUACCCUCUGUUCCCCUAUGCCUGCUGGUGAACUGGGAGGACCCUUCCCAAUAAAAAACUGAAAGAAAACUGUAAAUGAGAUCAGACCUGCUCUGGGGUGUUGACCUUUUGAAGCCUUGCAUACACAAGGCUAAGAGGUAUUGCUGCAAGCAGUAGCGUGGGACUUCCUUGUUGCCUUGCUCAACAACCCUUGCUAUGUUUCACAAGCAACAGCUAAACUGAUGGCUGCCUGGCCAUGGCACUGUGGGUCUGGCUGAAUAAAUGUGUUCUGCAAUAUUGGGGUGUUUUUCAGCAGGAGUAGGAAACUGCAGGAGCUCCAGAGCAAUAUUUAAAGAGCUGAUGAGCUCUCAGACCCAGCCUGUUUUCAUCUCACAUUUGGCUGUUUCCAAAAUCUCUUCCUCCCAGGACUUGCAUGCAAGGAGAGAGAGGCUGAAGAGUUUCAGUAAACUGUCCAGGUGGCCAAAAAGCUGUAGAGAAUUAUUGCAGAGAUGAACAAAAGAAGCAAUCCUGGUGUCCCCUUGAGCAGUUUCCUCACUUAGUAUAGUCAAACUAAAGUUAGAGUCUUGCCUUUCUUCCAGCAGCAUACAAGAGUAAAAUGCACAGCAACACCUGUGUGUCUGGAGUGCAGCAGUGGCUCGUGCAGGCAGGGAAGAGUUUGUCCCGUUCAGGAGAAGCAGCAGCAAGGCUGUGUGUUGUGUCUGCAUGUCCCCUGUGCCCUCUUCUGUCACCCCUAGAUUCGAGGUUAGUGAAACACUUUUCUUUCUGCUGGUGGUGGAGGGAGGUUGUUCAGAGUGUGGGGGGCUGCUCUGGGGGGUUACAAAGGCCUGUGCUGGUCAGGAACAGGGCCACAAACAGCACUGCUGGCUGUGCCUCUCAAUCUCUUCCUUUCAAGGGAAAGGAAAUCUUUCACUGUGACCUUUUCAUCCUUCUUCCACCCCCUGCAGCCCCACAAGAAUAUAAUUUAUAGUUAUUGUGCUACACUCUGAGCAAGCUUUGUCAACAGGCAGUUCUCACCAGGCUGGCAUUGCUCAUCAGGAAUAUACUUCAAUUAAUACCCUGUAGGCACUGGGCUACAUGCUGCAUUGCUGGUCAGCAAAGUCAUCUUUCGCUGUCUGGAGGGUUGUAGGGAUCUGCUUCCAGGUUCAGUUAUUAGAGGAGUUUCAGCUCCCUCAUCUCUGUGGCCCCAUCGUGGGGAGGAGCUGUUCUGCCACUCAGCAGCCCGUAUGCUGCCUUGCAAAGAGGAUUUAUUUUCAUCUUCAUAUUAGAAGGGGGGAGCAUCCCUCUUUGCCCAAGUGGCAGAAUGGCCCUGGCAAUGGGGUCUUGUUUGAGACAGGCUCUUUGCCUCUCAGGGAGAAUAGACACGUUCCUAGGUGUUAUUUAGGGGAUGUUUUCUUGUAACGCUUUAAAUAAGCUGCUCUGUGGCCUGUAGCCAUCAGUAGGCAGUGAGGUGUGUCAUGUAUCGUGUAUGCCAGAUGGUUUUCUCUCUGUGUGUGCAGCACGGUGUGGUCUGUGAGCGGUCCUGCUUGGGUUUGUGACCA